AUCCGCCGGGAGCGGAGCCGCGCCGAGGGCCGGGCGGGGCGGCAUGCGGGAGGCCUGAGGGGGCCGGGGCGGCGAGGAGCGAGCCAUGGGCGAGCGGCGGGGCGGCGGGACCGGUUGGAAUCCGGAGUCGGAAGAGUCGAGUUCCCUAUUGCAGAAAGCAGUUUCGGUGCUGCAGAGCUCCUACUUGGACUCCACAUCUCAGGAUGGGUUUCUCUACAGCCAAGCAAUCCUGGUGGAAAAUGAUGUUUUCCUAAGGGAGCUCAAAGCUUUUGCCCAAGCAAAGGAAGCUGCUGGGUACAGCCAGGAGGAGCUGGAGGAGACCUUUGCCUUUCUCCUGUUUGAUAAUGAAGCAGAGGCAAAAGAAGUGUGUCAGACAGGCCUGCGUGUGAACAGCAGCUCCAUUUCCAUACUUGGUGACCCAGCCAAAGGGGUUUAUAUAUCCAAGCAUGCAGACUGUCUCCAUCCAAGACCCUGGUAUCAUGGAAAAUCAGGCUAUAUUGUCAUUUGUAAGCUGAUUAAGGGGAAGGUGAAGGUGAUCUCUGAGAAUUACACAACCAGCUAUACCUGCCCAUCUCCCGGCUAUGACUGCCACGUUGGCAUGAGCAGAAGCAACCUACCAUCAAAGACCAGUCACUGCCUGGCCUUUGAGCAGAGCCAGUACUACGUGUAUGAAGUGUCUGGUGGCAGCACUGCAGAGCGGCCCAGGCAGAUCUGCCCCUACAUCAUCAUCACCUGCCAGUACAGGGAGCCGAAGGAAAUGCCUGUCUUGGCCAUAGAGAGCCUACCUGAGCUUAACGGCAAAGCAUUGUAUUGUCCCUGGAGGGGGCAGCUCUCCAUCCGGGGCCAACGUCUUUGCAGCAUCGCCCUGAGGACCCCACGCAGCUCCAAGAUCCCAGCCCAGCUGCCUCCCAGCCUGGACAUUAACCAUGUCAUGGAUUUGUCUGACUUGAAGAAAAAGCUACCAGAGGCUGCCUUUGAGAAAAGAAAUUACACUGGGAAUGAAGUUUGCUUUCAGGGUGUUUAUUUCAGCCUGUAUGAAGUAGAAAUAUCAAAUAAGGAGCAAUAUAAAAUGGAUCAUUUAAUAGAAAAUCUGAAGGAAAAGGACUUGGCAAUCAUCAAAUAUUUACAAGAUCAAGGAUUCCUUAUCCUCCUCACGCCCUCUGCCUUGGCACGAGAUGAUGGAUUUGACCCCAAGGAGCCUGGCAGCCUCCUGGCCCUGUUCCUGUUCACCUCCUCCCAGUCAAUGGGACUGAACGCUGCAAAGCACCAGCCAAGAGGUGAAAGGGACCAGAGUGACAUCUCACUGAGAGUAGCCUCCGUUUUGCCUGGCCUCCACUAUGCCUUACAGCAAGCCACCAGUUCUUCAGGGCAGGACACAGUCAGUCCCAGCACAUGGAUCAAACACCACUUCCAGGAGUAUGCAAAGCUUGACCAAAACACAGGGUCCUCCUCUGGCCAAAGCAGUGAAGUUCCCUUUUCUUCUGCCCUCUCCCUAACUGAGGAUGAAUGUACAAAUCCCCUCAAGAAGUGCUCAGAGGAGUCCUUCUCCCAGCUGCAGAGUUACCUCUCUGAUUCCAGCAGCUACACUCUGCCAUUGGCAACAGCUUUAGGAUGUUUGCCUGGUGCUGCUCAGUCUCUUUGCUGUGAUUCAGAGGCUGCUGAUGAACCAGACUUAUCUUCAGCUCUGCCACCAGACCUGAUUCUCUUCAACACAACAGGAGAAAAAGAAGUCAGAAGUGAAGACCCACAUCCCACCCUGGGGCUGGACCAGGUUGGUGAAGAGCCUGCAGAAGGUGUUGACUUAACCAGCAAGCUCUCGGUGCAGAGUAGCAGGAAGAAACCCAAGAGAGAGAUUGCAAACAGCACCAGGGAUGAAUUGCCACCACCAGAGAAGCAAAUGGGGCAUAGGAGCAGCAACAGGAAAGCAGCCAAUAAGAUCAACCUUGCUUUAUCUUCUGAGAAGCCAGGAUCUGCAGACAAGUCCAAUGAGCCCACACUUGAAUUAGCCAACUUGCAGUUGCCACAGAGAAGGAAAAGAGGUGCAGAGGUCCUGUCUGCAGAAUUCAUGCAGCAAACACAGUCUGGAGCUGUUCAGAAGGAAACCCCAGCUCCUGAUGCUUCUGCCUUGGAAACCAAGAGACCAAGGCUAAUGAGGAAGCCAGAGGAGAAGAAGGUUCCUGUUGCUGAGAGCACCAGAAAGCCAGUGAAGAGGCAGAUAUUAAAACCUGUGGCUAAAAGCUCCUCGAAACCCAAAGCCAACAAGCAAGCAGAAAGUGAGCACCAGGAGCCGCCCUCUGUCCUCCCAGGAGAAGCUUCUUCCCAGUGUCAUGGAGAUGACAGCAAAAUGGGUGAGGUUUGCCCAGAUGGACUUGGUGAUCCUGGUCUCAACCUGAAGAGGAACAGGUACGAGCCCCAUGCCUUGAACUUGCUGGCUGACCUGGCUCUGGGUUCCUGUAGUCCUUUGGUUAUCCCAGCAGACAGUGAGGUGGCAGCUGAGUCCUGCAGCCACUCCAGUGACUCUCCAGAGGAGCAGCAAAGCCACCACAAGCACAAAUCCUCAUGUGUUGCUUCUGAUCAUGAAUACCACAGGGUGACAAGGCUCGCAGAGGGAGACACCUCUCCUAGCAAGGUCGUGCCAAACCAGAAGCAGCAUCCUGCGGAAAACAAAGUCUUAAAUGACUUGGCCUCUAGUCCCAGGGAGAAAAACUCUACGGUUUCCUGUAUGAGUAACAGAUUGAGGCCCAGGCCACCAAAACCCCAUGUGUUGCCUCCAAAAAAGACUCCAAAGGCUCCCAAGGUGAACAAGGUGAACAAUAACACCUUAAUCUCUGCUGAGCACUCGUACGCCUCACAGAUGCCUGAGAACUCAAAGAAACCCGUGAAUCCCAAAGGUACCUCCAACCCUGCACCAGCAUCCGUCAGGAGCAACCGAGCAAGGCCCCUGGUUGGGAAGGUGCUGCCCUUCAGGCACCAGCAGAGCAGCAGCCACCCACAGGCCAUAGCCAUGAGGCACAGGAACAGGGUGAAGGAAGACUUUGCCAAGAGACACAAAGUGAAGAUCUGUGAUGAGUCCAUAAUGGUGACGUGCCACUGGAAUGCACCGUAUCUUUUCCACUUGGACAGCAGAUACACCAAUGAUGCCCUGGAGAAGACAGUUGUCCGUGGCCUGCAUGGGCCCUGGAACUCUCGUCAGCCUGAUGAUGUGCAGGAGCUGAAGCUGAUACUCCACAUGUGGGUGGCUCUCUUCUACAGCAAGCCCAGCCUGCUGAGCAGCACGAGGGUGGUGGUGGAGCACAGCGACCCCAAGAAGUAUGUCUCAAUAAAGACCACUUGGGACUUCCUUGACUUCAGUGAUGAUGGUGAGGACUAUUUUGGGUUGGAGAAGUGCCCUGCAGACAGUCGCUCAGACCCUGACCAGACUCCCAGCAGCUCUGUGGAUCACACCACACGUAACCAGGGUCACUUCCACUCUGCAGACUCUCAGACUGAUGCUGAUGGGACUCCUGCUGUUGUUGAUAACACAGUGUCAUCUUCAGGAGAGGUGCCCUGUGGGGAGGAGGAGCCUUCCUCCACAAGCUGUCCUGAACGUGCUGAUGAGAAAGACAAAGAGCCUGCAGCCAUUGCUGAGGAGCAUGGGCAUGACAUCCCAACCAUCACUAAGGAGAAGCCACCCAAGGAGGGAAGGAUGAAGGAUGUUACAACCACCUCCAGCCCUGCUUAUGAGCUCAGUGGCACUAGCAAGCCCCCAGCUGUGCUGGGCAAGGAAAACCCCUGCAGCCAAGCCCCAGAUCCCAGUUCAGCUCCUUGGAGAGAUGCCCCAUGCACACUGCAUGGACAAGGAGAGCAGCAGGAGAGUGGAUGGACAGCAGGGUCAGGGAAUGGCCCCGGCCCUCCCGAGAACACAGAGAGCAUUGCAGACACUGAGCACUGUAUGGAGAUUGAGGACAGUGGCUGGGCCACCAGUGAUGGACCACAACAGGCCUCUGGUUGGCUCUUCUUAGAAGCAAGUCCUACAACAGCAAAGCCUGGUGAAGCCAGGAGGGAAGGGAGGGAAUCACAGAACCUCCUUGGAUGUUCAGAGGAAGAGGUGGAGGAGGUAGAAGACGAGAAGGAGGACUGUGAAUAUGAGAGCACAGCCCUGGAGCCUGGCUUUUUGGCAUUCUCUGCAAGCAGUGAUGACAGCAUGGACUGUGAACACAACAAGCAGAACCCAGUGCAUCCAGCAUGGCCACAGGGCUCUGGUGUCCCUGUGCCCAGCCCUCCUGCCUUAGCAUCCCCUUGCCCAGGCAGAUUAAUGCCAGAGCUGUCAGAUGGGACUGGGACUGGCCCUCAAAGGCUUCCUGGUGGGGUGGCACCAAGCCUGAACAUGCUGGAAGAGGUUUUGGCCACCCCAGAUGCAGAGGUGAAGGGUGUUGGCCUGGCACACACAGGCAGUGCAGCUGAUGGGGGGUCACCCUGUGACAGCAGGUUGUUGCCUCCAUCACCAUCUGACCCGAGCUUGGUUGGUGAGACACAGCCAGACAAGAACUGUGCACCCUGUGCAGCAGGGUGGGAAUCUGCUGGGAGCAGGGCUGGGUCACCGAGCAGCCAGGACCUGUCAAUGGCCUUGUCCCCUGACUCCAGCUCUGUCUGCCUGAUACCUCCUGACAGAGCAGCAGGUCCUGGGGCUGCUCCAGAGGAGCAGGACACCUUGGGGAACAUCCGGUCCCCAUCACAGAGCAGUGUGGGAGGGAGCAGCGGCCUUUCCCAAGGGUUUGGAGGUGAUGCUGAUGCUGAGCUCCCUUUGCUGAGCACUGGUGAAACAAAGCAAGAAGGGAACAAGGAUUUGGUGGAAGAAGAGAGGAACAUCCCUUCUGCCAAUGGCACGGAUGUGCUGGAGUCCUCAGGAGCAAGUGAUGGCCAGGACUUUGCUUACACAGCCUUUGCAGAUGGCUCUGAAGCUGGGGACAGUGAUGAUGUGUGCCUCGGGGCAAAGGAGUACUCCAGGAGCAACAAAAGCAGCACAGUGAUGGUGGCUCACAAACUACAGGAGCCAGAGCCCUCUCUUCAUCCCCUCCUCGAACCAGAACCUUCCUUCUCAAUGCAGGAAGGGAUGUCAGCCAUGGAGAAGCACCCCAAGCAGCAGCAGAGAAACCCAAAUGGGCUGUCCUCCUCUGCCCAUGAUUCCCCUCCUGCUUCUCCAUCCCAUGGUGAACACACAGAUCCCCACCACUGCCUGUUAGAGCAAAGGGAGUGGUGGCCAGUCCCGUGCCAGCAAAAGGGGUCCUGUGGGCAAGUACAUGCUGCAGAGGUGAGUGUGGCUGCUGGGAGCUUAAAUGGCUACUUAGAACCCAGGUGUGUGGAAGAGGUGGGAAAAGGCACAGGCACCUGCCAUGCAGAGCCAGCAGAGAGCUCCCCCAUGGAUGUGCCUGGUGACCUGGGAUUGAUGCCUCCUGCUCCUCCACAUGGACACAAAGCAGGUCUGCACAGCACUGAGCCACACUCGGUGCUCAGAGAGCACCCCAGGGUGCUGUCUCCAGCUUCAGAUGCUGCCCCAUGGUCCUGCUGCAUGGAUACCAGCCCUGGGGCCCAAGCAGCAGAUGCAGCAAGCAGCCACGAGACGGAACCCAUCCUGCCUGAGAGCUUGGAAGGAGGAAGCAGCUUCCCUCUUGCUGGGUCUGCAUCAUCUUCAUCAGGGGAGUUGCUGAUGCCUCUGUCUGAGCUCCAGUCUGUGUGUAAGCAAGGGGAGCAGGAGGCUCAGGGAGCUGACGGGCUUCCUGAGCUGCACCAGGCCAGCACAGAGGUGGAAGACAUAGAAAUCCACACUCCCCCCUUCCCAGUGUUGUCAUUGCAUGCACAAAGGGUGCUCUCUGCAGGAAGGCUGGAGCUGGCUGAUGCUGAUGGUGUCUCAGAUGGGCUCCUGAGGUCCAAGGAGCUUCCCAGCAAAGACACACACAUGGAUUCAACCUUUGAGGCUUCCUCCAGCGACUCCAGCCAGGAGGAGACUUCAUGGUCCCUGCUCACAGCCAGAGCUUCCUACAGCAGAUCCAUGGAUGCUGCAGGCACAAGGACUAACUGUGGCUCGUCCCCUGGGAGCCCAGUGUGCUCAGAGGGGGGCAGUGAGGACUGGGGCUCACUGGACAUGGAGGGGAGCCCAUGCUCAUGGGCUGAGCAUGGCUGGACCAUCAGCCCAGGGGACACCAGCAACGAGCUCAUCCCUCCACAUGUCACUAUUAGGGACAAGCAGGGGAUUGCCAAGCAGUGCAGGAACUUGGUGGUCACCAAGAAGUGCCAGGAGCCUCAGAAGAGGCAUAGACACUGUAUGGGGCAGUCCCAUUUGUUACAGUCACUAUGGGGGACUUGGAGGGGGUUUGAGGGAAUCACACAGGACACUUUGGACAUGGAGUGUCUCCGUUUCUAUGAUAAGCUAAAACACAUCCUGAGGAGUGGGAAACCACCUUUUUCUACCUCCAAAAGCAUCUUCCCAAAAGACUUUUGUCCCCAGGUGAUGUCUGAGACAUCUCCUGCACCAGAAGCUCCCAUCCCACGGAGCAGGAGCCCUUUGCAGGUGACAAUCCUGCCCUGGGACACAUGGCCGAGUGGGCUUGACUGGCAUGGGGGUCCCCAGCAUGGGGACCAGUGCACCCCAUGGCAGGACACCCUCUGUGACAAGAGGAGCAGAGCCCAAAACACGAGCCAGGGCUUCCACCUCAGCAAGCUCAAGUACGACCACAAGCUCCAGGACACAGAGGGGGAGGUUGCCAUCAUCUUUGAUGAGUUCAGGAGGGUGAUGCUGAGGACGGCUGGGGCAGGGACACAGGGCCAAGAGGAUGUCCCAGUGGGUAUGGGGGACACAAGUGAAUGGGCUUGUGCAUCCCUCGCCGGGAGGAUGGAGACCUUCGAGGAGAUGAUCACUGACCUGUGCAGCUCGCUGCGGUCCCACCUCUGCAGCGUGGCCAAGGAGGCCUGUGGCCACAAUGGAUCCUUCUACGUGGUGGAGACGGGCGAGGAGCCGUUCUUUGCAAGGUUGAAGACCUUGCUGAGGAAGCUGGGACACGUGGAGACUGAACCCCUGAGCUUCUGCCAAGCAAAGUGUCCAGACACUGAUCGGCUGCUUGUGGUCAUCAGGAACGAGGAUGUCUCCUCUCACAUCCACAGCGUCCCCUGCUUGCUGCAGCUGAAGCACCGUCCCAACGUGGUGUUUGCUGGAGUGGACAGCCCUGAAGAUGUACCAGGUCACACGUACCAGGAGCUGUUUCAUUCUGGUGGCUUCGUGGUGUCAGAUGAUGGCUUGUUGGAAACGGUGACACUGGGCCAACUGAAGGAGGUGGUGAACGUGCUGGAGAAGCUCAACAGAAGCGGGAGGUGGAAGUGGCUCCUUCACUACAAGGAGAGCAAGAAGCUCAGAGAAGACAUCAGCAGGGUGGACCCCAAUGCCCACAAGAAGCAUUUGAUCCUCAGAACGUGCCAAGGAGCUGAUCUCAUGGAGGUGCUGCACUACCACACGUGUGACUCGGUGUCACCCCCCAGCUCUGAGCACGUCAAGUGCUUGUUGAACCUGCAGGUUCAGCACAUCAGCGCCAGGUUCGCUGUGUACCUCACAGAAACACCUGGUGUCAGCAGGGAGGUCCUUGAAAGCAAAGGAAUCCUGGUAGCUGAUGUCAACACUUUCCUUGGGAAGGUGCAGAAAGUGGCUGCUCCGUUUAGAAGAAGCUACUGGUGACGAAGCGAAGCCAGUUUGAGCACCCUGGUACUCUGCAAGACACCUCCGUCCCAGCAGGUUUCAGGUGCUGCCCACAGGAGCUGUGUGCAGGGAGUGGCAGGAUGGUGUGGCUCCAGUUCUGUAUAUAGGAAUUAUUUAAAGGUGGCUGAUGCAAAUCCUGCCAGGGGUUUACUCCGUGUUCAUCACGUUGCCUGUAGGCCAGAGGUCACUUUACCAUUAUCCAGGGUUAAAUUAUUGGAGUGUUCUCAAGUGAUUUGUGCAGCUGACAGGGGAAGAAAUAGGAGUAAAUGAAACAAAAAGCUGUUUACUUGAAGGUGAGGUGAUAUUCAAGUCCUCAGUAAUAGGUGCAUUUCCACACGGUUGUUCCUGUAACACACGUCAGGAAGUGGGGUGGGUGUGCAGGUAUCUGCUCUACACUACAGUUCAACUCCCUGUUGUCUCUUGGUACACUUCCAGUCCAUGGGAGUCUUCUAAAUAGCCAGACACCAGGAUGUGGGAACAAACCUCUUAUUUAUGGUAGCUCACACCCACCCCAGGCAGAAGAUGUCACGUUAAAGACUUUUGUACAAUUCCCAGCCUCGGGGGGGGGCGGAGGAUAGGGGCAUCCUCGUUUCUAAUAAAAGAGUUUAAGAACAUCAUGUACAGGGUGGGCUUAUGUGUAAAGGUUGAGUAACAAAACCUCAACCUGGCAGUUCAGCCACUGCUGUUCCCUGGAGAGGGGCUCCUCAGCUCCCAGCCUCUCCCAUCAGCAGGGAGGAGGUGCUGGAUCACAGUGGGAAUAGUCCCAGUGAGCGUUCCCAGCUCACACAUGGAGCAGGAAUCGGUUUUGGUCUGUGUUACCCCUCAGCUUUGAAGCCAACACAGGAAGGAAACAGUGAGGAAGACUGUUGGAGCCAAGGAGUGGUGUGUUCAUGGAGACUUGGGGUUGCAGGAUCAGCACUGUCCUUCCCAGGAGAUGUGGACCAAGAGGCAGCAGAAUAAUGGAGAUACAGCAAAGAGGGCUUAUGGAAGCAUUUAGGGGAAAGAGCUCAUUGUCCAUGUCUUGCCUUUGGAAAGACUCGGUGUGUUGCCAUCCAACACUGAAGAGGAAGGACAAGGUGAGGAAGAACUUCCCCAGCCACCACAACACACAUCACUCCAGCAGUGCCGGCACCACGGGGCUUCUAGUGGCUUCAUAGGGAAAGGUGGUUCCCAGAACUGGGACCAGGAAAGGGAAGUGCUGAAAGCCCCUGAGGCCCUGGGUGGGAGGGAAGGGGCAGCCACAGUCAGGUUUAGCACCGCUUCGUGCAGGAGAUGUGGUGGAGACCCAGUUCCUCUUCAUCAGUUCCAAGAACAGCACAGCUACAGCUGCAGGAAAGGAUAAACCCAUCCCCAGUGACCCUGCCUGCCCCAGCACAGACAUCAAGAGCAGGAGAAGGCCCUGCCAAGGCAUCCCCUCAUUAUUCCUGCCACUCAUCGUGGCUGUGGAGGAAGGAGCCCGGCUCCUCCUUGUACCCCUGCUGCCCAACAGCAGGACUGGGUCAAGAUCCCAGCAAGGGGCUCACUAAGGCUCACUCCAAGGAGGAGCACCUCAGUCAGAGAGAUCUCGAUGCCCUGCAGAGGAUCCAUAAGAGCAAGAAUUGUCAUUACUGAUUCAAGCAAGUGCCAUUCUGGAUGCUGGCACUGGAGGGGCCUGCAGGGAGGAGGCAGAGUUGAAUCAACUGAGCUUGAGACUCAGCAACAGACCUUGUGCUGCAGAAGCAGCAUCUGGGGCAGCCUAACCGAGGAAGCCUGAGCCUGGUUUCCAGUAGGAACCACUCCACACACUACUCCCCUUUCAACCCUGUCAGGCAGAGAGAUCCAAAGGGAUCUCAGAAAGGAGGUGCUGCUCGUGCAAGUGAAUCAGACCAGAGGCCAGGACUGGUUUCCAGAAUUUGGCUUUACUUGGCAGUACAGAAAUCAUUUGGAGCCUUCAGGAGCCACGAGGAGCAGAGGCUCUGUCAUACCAAUACCGCAGCGCCGUUUGGUCCAGCCCAGAAGCCCCCAGGCUACAGAAAAUACUCCCACAUCUUGCCUGCUCUGUCAUUUGUUCUCUCAAUUUUAUUAAGAUUAAAACACAAAGGAGCCUUAGGCACAGCUGUGUCCCAACCGAUGUAAACAGUUUUAGAAGCUUAAAGUGGAGGGUUAAGUUCUGUGCCCAGAACUAAGCCAACAUUUGCUGCUACAAUAGAUGUGGGCUUUGUCCAUAAUACAACUUGCCACAGAGUUAGAUCGAUGGGAAAAAGACUUUUUUUAGGGAUGCUGUCCACAAUGAUGGAGUGCUCAGUUUCUAUUUUCCUUGAUAAUCAGGUUUGAGUGACAACUGUCACAUCUACUAGCUCACCAGAAGCACAUAAUUGUGAAGGAUGGCUACGAAUGAUUAAAAAGACAUGGUAAGACACA